UCGCAGCAUUUGUCACAAUAUGCUAAUCGUUCGCUAUCUAAUCGCUCUGGUCUUCUCCGUUUUCAUGGUGGCCACAUCGCUGAAGAUCGAGGUGCGCUACCGCCGGUGCAAUGGCUACAAGAUAUCCACCCCAGAUCGAUUGGUCAUUAAAAUGGAACGACGUGGCGGAAAGUGCCAGUCCAGAAACCUAGAGAGGCGGCGUUUACAAAUAUGAACAAUGGAACCGUAAUGAAUGUGAUAGGAAAUCGAGGACAUUAAGGCCGAAAAUUAGUGAUAAAGAAUUCCGAAAAAUUCACAAGCCCAGAUUAUUAAAGAAUACUGCCUCAGAGGCAAUUCAAAUCUUAAGCUAAGUCAAUAAAAAUAUUGUAUCUUCAUAAAAUAUUAAAUGUGAUUAAAAUUUACUGGUAUUCUUUUUGUCAAUUCACUAUUAUUGCUAAGCAAAAAUAAAAAAAAUAUUACAAAAAAAAAAAGUAUAUUAAUAUAAAACUGUCAUAUAAAUUAAUAUUAUUUUAAUUAUUAAUUAUACCAGACAAAUUUAGUUAUACAAAAACGUAUAUACUGCUAAUU